AUUUGUUCCAAGUAUUCAAAGAGCUUCACCAAAAAUAUUUGGAAACAAAGAUUAGAGAAGAAUGGCUCUAUUUAGUGUGGAACACUUGGCUUUCAUAUUUGGCCUUCUAGGGAACAUUAUAUCAUUCUUAGUAUUCUUGGCACCUAUGCCAACUUUCUACACAAUUUGGAAGAGGAAAUCAUCUGAAGGGUUUCAAGCAUUACCAUAUUCAGUUGCAUUUUUCAGUGCUUCCUUGUUGUUAUACUAUGCUUUCCUUAAAACCGGUGCCUAUAUGAUCAUUACUAUAAAUGGCAUUGGAUGCUUCAUCGAGACCGUUUACCUAUUGAUAUACGUAGUAUAUGCACCUAAGAAGUCCAAGUUGUUCACGAUGGGUUUCAUUCUCAUAUUCAACGUUGGCGGCUUAGGGUUGGUGAUGACGGUUUCUUUACUAGCUUUCCAUGGUGCCAAUAGGGUUUCUUUGGUGGGAUGGAUAUGUUGUAUUAUAAACCUAGCUGUAUUUGCUGCCCCUUUCAGCAUCAUGCGGCGCGUGAUCAAGACCAAAAGUGUAGAGUAUAUGCCAUUCACUUUGUCCUUGUUCCUAACCCUUUGUGCUACAAUGUGGUUUUUCUAUGGAUUCUUCAUAAAUGACUACUAUAUUGCAUUUCCAAAUAUUUUGGGAUUUUUGUUCGGGAUUGCUCAAAUGAUCUUGUACUUCGUCUACAAAAAUGCUAAGAAGGAUGAUACACUAAAUCUCGAGGUCGAUCCCACCAAGGAUGUGGAGAAGAAUUUGAGCCUUGAGGAAGCCAAAGAUGUUGAAAUGAUGUCUAAAUGAUUUGAAGAUGGAGGGGUCAGGAUAUUUCUACAAUAGCUAUCGAUCUAUACUAAAUAUUUAGAAAUUAUCCAGCAUGAUAUUGUUACUGCACAUGCUAAAUAAAUUCCAUUGUGAAUAUCCUUUUUAGGAUUUUCUCUUAGCUAUUUCAUACUACUUAGGAAAAUUUACACUAUGUAAAUUUGGAUUAAA